AUGGCUGAGCAACCGUCUUCUAUUGUACCUGCUGCUGCUGGAGCGCCUCCUCCGCCUGGCCCUGACGAGGAAGAUGAGAAAAUAGUGCCGUUGGAGACCGAGUUGGACAAGAAAAUCGCGGAGAUAUUCUUCGUGUUCGACGUGGAAAACAUGCAAAUGUGCGAAUUGCGGGAUGUAUCCACGAUAUUAAGAGGACUCGGCAUGUGUCCUACUGAACAGGAAGUGAACGAAAUUAUAGAAGAAGUGGAACAUCCUCGUUUGCCUGGAAACGUCCAUUUGAGGCACUUUUUGCCGGUAGUUGUGGAUUGCUUUAUAGAGCAUAAAUUCGAACCGGAACGUCCUGAGGAAUUGUUGGAAGCAUUUAGAGUAUUGGAUCCCUUAGGUAAAGGAUUCAUUUCCAAACAGGAUCUCAUAAUCUUCAUGACGCAAUACGGAGAACCUCUUUCGCAGGACGAAAUCGAUGAGAUGCUAGAAUUGGCUAUCGAUCCUCUUUCGAAUACCUGUCCCUAUCAUUAUUAUAUCAAUCAGAUUAUUUAUGAGCCCUCUGGACCUGACAAUGUUUAUGCUAUAAGUGACGUUAUCGAAGCUGAAAAAGCUGCUAUUAGAGCUGCAGAAGAGGCUAGGCGUAAAUUCUUUUUCGGGGGAGGAAAUUAA